AGUUUGGUUCCUUUGAAACUGCCAAUAUGUCAUCAGCUCCUGAAGUUGACCUCCGUGUGAAUGAGAAGCUUAUCGUCCCGGAGGGUAUGUCCAAGAAGCAAGCUAAGAAGUUGGCUAAGAAGGCCGCUAAAAAGGGCGGCAACAACAACAAUAAACAAGAAUUCGAUAAUGUUAUUUCUUUCGAUCCUCCUAGUGGAACUCGGGAUUUCUUCCCGGAAGAUAUGCGUGUGCGAAAUUGGCUCUUCGCCCAGUGGCGUUCCGUCUCGACCCAGUAUGGAUUUUCAGAGUACGAUGCGCCCGUGUUGGAAAAUGAGGAUUUGUAUAAGAGAAAAGCUGGCGAGGAAAUUGUCGAGCAAAUGUACAACUUCGUUGAUAAGGAGGACCAUAGAGUUACCCUACGACCGGAGAUGACACCAACACUAGCAAGGAUGGUAUUAUCGAGGGUUAGGAUGAGCGCGGAGGGUGGUAGUAGCCAUAAUGCGGCUGCACAAAUGGCUGAGGUUCUUCCGCUAAAGUGGUUUUCUAUACCGCAAUGUUGGAGAUUCGAAACGACACAGCGCGGUCGUAAGCGUGAACAUUAUCAAUGGAACUGUGAUAUCGUUGGUGUUUCUGAUAUCACCGCUGAGUUGGAGCUCUUGGCCACGAUGGUGGGAUUUUUCAAGAGGGUCGGCCUCACUAGUGCUGAUGUUGGAAUCAAGGUCAACUCUCGAGCGAUUUUACAGUCGGUUUUGAAAGCCUCUGGUGUUGGCGCUGAUGAAUUCGCGAAGGUCUGUGUUGUUGUUGAUAAAAUUGAUAAAGUUGGUCGAGAAGAGGUCAUCAGGCAGAUGGUUGAGGAUAUAAAACUUGACGUUGCUGUUGCUGCUGCUUAUAAGGGGAUGUAUGGACAGGCGUUAGAGGUGGCCGCAGGUCUGAGGUCGGGUGGUGCCACUGUUGAUGUUAUGCUUGAGGCGGGUAAACGUGUUGACAAGCAGUUCAGGUAUGCGGAUCGUGUUGGUGCUGAUAAGAUAGCAUUCGUAGCACCAAGUGAAUGGGAGUCGGGUAAGGUCCGUAUUAAGGAUCUCCGUACAGGUGAUUCGGAGGCCCGCGUACAAAUAGAUAUACCGGUAUGUGACCUUGCUAACGCUAAGUCAUAUUUCGACAAGCAGGCCGAGUAA